AUGUCGACACUCGAAGAGCUCGAGGAUCUGGAUCGCCGGGAUAAGAAUGACAAGAAGAGAGAGGAACGCGAUGGAAAGGGCAACAAGAACCCAGAGGGGGAUGAGGAGAUGAAAGAGGCCGAUGAAGAAGACGACAUCCUAGACGAGGAGGUCCUGGGACUCAGCACGCAGGACAUCCUGACAAGGAAAAGGCUUCUAGAGAAUGACUCUCGAAUCAUGAAGAGCGAGCUAUCGCGUCUCUCUCACGAAAAGGCAGCCAUGGGCGAAAAAAUCAAGGAGAAUGUGGACAAGAUCGCUAACAACAGACAAUUACCUUACCUUGUCGGAAACGUAGUCGAGCUCCUAGACCUGGAUCCUACUGCCGAGUCGUCCGAGGAGGGCGCCAACAUUGACCUCGACGCCACACGUGUUGGCAAGUCCGCCGUCAUCAAGACGUCUACGAGACAAACAAUAUUUCUUCCACUUAUUGGCCUUGUGGACUCGGAAGCGCUUAAGCCCGGUGACCUUAUUGGUGUGAACAAAGACUCAUACCUGAUUCUCGACACGCUACCCGCGGAGUACGACAGCCGCGUCAAGGCCAUGGAGGUCGACGAGAAGCCUACUGAGCAGUAUACCGACGUUGGUGGCCUAGACAAGCAGAUUGAAGAGCUCGUCGAGGCCAUCGUAUGGCCCAUGAAGGAAGCAGAUCGAUUCAAGAAGAUUGGCAUCAAGGCUCCUAAAGGCGCGCUCAUGUACGGCCCUCCCGGAACUGGCAAGACUCUGCUGGCCCGAGCGUGCGCGGCGCAAACCGAAGCCACGUUCCUCAAGCUCGCUGGUCCUCAACUGGUGCAGAUGUUUAUCGGUGACGGUGCGAAGCUGGUACGAGACUGUUUCGCCCUUGCCAAAGAAAAGGCGCCUGCCAUCAUUUUCAUCGACGAACUCGACGCCGUUGGUACAAAGCGCUUCGAUAGCGAGAAGAGCGGUGAUCGUGAAGUGCAGCGUACCAUGCUGGAACUGCUCAACCAGCUGGAUGGCUUCGCCUCAGACGACAGAAUCAAGGUACUGGCUGCCACGAACCGAAUCGAUGUCUUGGAUCCCGCCCUACUGCGGUCCGGACGUCUGGAUAGAAAGAUUGAGUUUCCUCUGCCCAAUGAGGAAGCGCGCGCUCAGAUACUCAAGAUUCAUUCUCGCAAAAUGACUGUGGACCCAGGUGUGAACUGGGGCGAGUUGGCAAGAAGCACAGACGAGUUUGGCGGUGCCAUGCUCAAGGCUGUUUGUGUGGAGGCUGGCAUGAUUGCAUUGCGCUCUGGCAAGAACAAGAUUGGCCACGAACAUUAUGUGGACGCCAUCGCUGAAGUUCAAGCAAAGAAGAAGGAUACGGUCAAUUUCUACGCAUGA